AGCUGCUGGUGGUACCAGGACACCAACACCCAGACUGGGACAACCGGAGCAGCACACCGAGACCAGCACACCGAGACCAACAGGAUGCAGGUGGCCCUGGCGGCGCUGACGUUGGUGGCGACGCUGGCGGCGAUGGCACCGGCGGCUCCGGGGGUCCCAACGGGCGCCCGGGUGACCCGACUGGCGACGGACUUUGGGGUCCGGCUCUUCCGGGAGGCCGUGGGGCGGCGGGGCGACGGCAACGCCGCCUUCUCGCCCCACGGCGCCGCCACCGUCCUCGCCGCCCUGCAGCUGGCCACCGCCGGGCCCAGCCGGCGCCAGCUGGAGACCGCCAUGGGCUUCAGCAUCUACGAGCCCGGGGCGGCCCGGGAGCUGCGGCGGCUGCGGAGGGAGCUGGCGGGUCCCGGGCACCGGCUGGCCGAGGCCGUGGGGCUCUUCGUGGCCCGGGAGCUGGCGCUGGCGCCCGGCGCGGGCACCCGCUUCGCCCGGGCCCUCGGCCGGCGCCUGGCCCAGGUCGACUUCGGGGAGCCGCAGCGGGCGCGCGCCGUCCUCAACGCCUGGGUGCAGAACCACACGCACGGGAUGAUCCGGGGUUUCCUGCCGCCGGGCGCCGCCGGCGCCGGCACCCGGCUGCUCCUGGCCUCCGGCGUCUUCUUCGGGGGCUCCUGGCUGCAGCCGUUCCCGGGCGCCGCCACCCGCCGCCGCCUCUUCCGCAAGGCCGACGGCAGCGCCGCCGCGGUGCCCAUGAUGGAGCAGACGGCCAAGGUCCGCUACGGGGAGUUCGCCACGGCGCAGGGGCUGCCCUACGCCGUGCUGGAGCUGCCCUACGCCGGCGGGGCCGUCUCGAUGCUGGUGGCGGCGCCGGCGCGGCCCCAGGCGCCGCUGCCCGCCCUGGCCGCGGCCCUCGACUCCGGCCUCGUGGCCGCCUGGGCCGCCAACAUGAGCCGCGUGCCCCGAGUGGUCGUGCUGCCCCGGUUCUCGCUGGAAACCUCCUGGGACCUGCGGGAGCCGCUGAAGGCUCUGGGCGUCCGCGACGUCUUCGAGCCCGAAGCCGCCGACUUCACGGCCCUCUCCGCCGAGGAGCCCCUGUUCCUGGCGCAGGCGCUGCAGAAAGUGCGGAUCGAGGUGAACGAGAGCGGCACCGAGGCGGCUGCGGCCACGGCCGCCAUCGUCUACUCCCGCAUGGCGCCGCCGGAAAUCCUCGUGGACCGGCCCUUCCUCUUCAUCGUGCGGCACAACCCCACCGGCACCAUCCUGUUCAUGGGGCAGGUGACGGAGCCCUGAGCCGGGGGCAGCCCCACGGCGGGUGACGGACCCCGGCGGGUGACGGACCCCCAGCGGGUGACAGAGCCCUGAGCUGGGGGGCAGCCCCACAGCGGGUGACGGACCCCGGCAGGUGACGGACUCCCGUCGGGUGACGGAGCCCUGAGCCGGGGGGCAGCCCCAUGGCGGGUGACGGACCCCGGCGGGUGACGGACCCCCAGCGGGUGACGGACCCGUGGAGCCGGGUGACGGACCAGCGGCGGGUCACAGCCCCCUUCCCCUCGGCGGAUCACAGCCCCUCGGCGGGUGACGGACCCCCGGUGGGUCACAGCCCCACAGCGCCAGGGGUUGGGGGGGGCAGCAUAAUUUAUUGGGGAAAUUAAUAUAUUUGGGGGUGGCCCCGGUGAUGGGGUCGGAGCCGGUGUCGCCACGGGGUGACACCGAGGAUGGGGGUCGACCCCCGUGUCGCGGUGUUGGCAUCAGUUCCAUGUCACGGCGUUGGGAUCAGCCCUGACGUCACCGUGUCGGGUUCAGUUCCGCAUCACGGUGUUGAAGUCAGCCCCGUGUCGCGGUGUUGGGGUCAGCCCAAAGUCCUGGUGCCGGGGUCACCCGCAGGUCACGGUGUCGCAGGUCACCCACAGGUCGCGGUGUUGUGGCCGGCCGCCGGUGGCGGUGUUGCGGGUCACCCCCGGGGCGCGGUGUAGUGAGUCACCCGGCGGCGGCGGUGGCGGCGGCGGGCUGUGGGCGGGGGGUCGCCCCCGCCCGGCGCGACGGUGCCGCCGGUUUCGAUACUGAAUAAACAGC